AUGGUGGACAGCGGAGCCACCACGAAGUUUAUCAAUAAGCGAUUCAUUGAAGAAAAUAAGGUGCAAACGCGGAAAUUAAAAAAGCCGAUUCCGCUGUACAAUAUCGAUGGCACCCUAAACAAAGACGGAAGCAUCUCGGAAGUAGCAGUACUACAGAUGCACAUAGGAGAACACGUCGAGAAGACGGUGUUCACGGUCACGGACAUAGGUCCAGAGGAUGUGAUCAUUGGGUUGGAUUGGCUGCGAGAGCACAACCCUGAAAUCGAUUGGGAGUCAGGCUCCCUCAAAUUGUCGCGAUGCUCUGAAACGUGCAGUGCCAGGAGGAUUGGCCGAAUGGAGCAAGCAGCGACUGUGCAUGAUACGGGGGGCAGGCCCACGGUGCGCAGGCCCUGGGAGCAGGGUGUCACGCUUCCCGGCGCUCCUCAGCUGUUCGUCGCAGCAGGGCACACGUAUUUCCAGCUGUUCGCUGAAGAAGAGAUCAAAAAGAAGGUCAUUAAGACCGCCGAGGAGUCGGUGCCUAAACUGUCAUGA